AUAAACCUGAUGCAACGACGUCCGCAGCAUCCCGCCCGCCGUGCACCUGCCCGCUCCCGUUCCCGCGGAAGCCGCCCGGAUCCGGAUCCACCCCAGCACCACUCCGUGGCCACUUGGACAGUUGUGUCCCACGGACAGCCGGUUUCCUGGGCAUCCCGCACACGGUGGGCUCACCAGCCAAGGCCCCUCCGGGGGGACGACCCCACACAGACUCCGGCUCCGUUUCGCGGUCUGACGCUCACCGACCGCCACCCGGCCGAUCCCCUACAGCCCCUCACUGCGGAGGAGAAGCGGAUCCUAUGCCCGCUCUGCUUGGUCCCCGAACUGCACCGUCCGACACACCGCCGGGGCCCACUUCACCAGGCCCGAACGGAGGCCGCCCGGACAGCCAACGACGUGACAACAGCCCUCUCCACCCUCAGGCGGCUCAGACCCGAACUUCUGGUGGAGACCAGGCCUCCCCCUCCUCCGCCGCCUGCCCCCUCUUCAGCCAUGGACGACGCCGUACUAGACCUGUCGGACGACCUCAUGACCCUGUAAGGGAGGGGGGGUGUGGCGAUAAGAGAGCGCCACGGGUUACGGCGAUAGGGGGCAGCCGUGCUCCAGGGGGGCGUACCCCACGCAGAGGGAUAAAAGCGGUGAUCCGCUGGAUAAGAGGCUCUUUCGUUGUGCGGUU